AAACAAAAACCAUUUAAUCCUUAUGCACGAGGGAUAGAGACAGAGAUAUUACUUCAACAGUACGGCACAAAUCUCCAAAGGCACGACGAAUAUUUGUGUUAUUUGAGUUUUGACUUAAUCUUCCCAAGCCAAUACAAAUCGAGAGUGUGGCUUGUUUCUCACGGCCUUUGAAUUCUUUUUUAUCUCUAAAGUUGUUGUCUUUCUUUUAUCAUCAAUUGUGUGUUGUUGACAUUGUUUCUCAGCCAAAGUUUGAGACUUUGGAUCGAAUCACUUAUGCCCAGAUGAUCUCUGCAUGAUUAAUCACAAUUUCUUUUUAAAAAAUUGUUUAGUCUUGCACUAUUUAAGGUUUGACCGCUUCUACAAUAAGAUAUGCACUGAAUGUGUUCGACGAAAUGACUGAGUGAGAUUUAACUUUCAAAUAUUUUGACUUCGUGCGGUUUCUUUUUUCAACAGAUUUACCAAAGAGACAUGUUGAAGCGACUCGAGAAAGUAGGUACAUUGAAUUGCUCUUAAUUGAGAGAACUGAGAUUAUUCGAGAAAUGGAAAGCUUAUGUAACAUCCAGCCUUAUUCUCAAGCUAUGGCUAUGCAGCUAUUACCACGUCAAGUCCUUUGUCGAUAGGGGUAACUUUGAGCUCUCCUGGUGGAUCAUAUGAGCUUGGUUUCUUCAGUUCUAACAACUCUGGGAAUCAGUAUGUUGGAAUCUGGUUCAAGAAAGUCACUCCUCGGGUUAUUGUUUGGGUGGCUAACAGAGAAAAGCCAGUCUCUAGUACUAUGGCGAAUCUCACAAUCAGCAGCAAUGGAAGUCUUAUCUUGCUUGAUAGCAAAAAAGAUCUGGUGUGGUCAUCUGGAGGAGAUCCCACAUCUAACAAGUGUCGUGCUGAGCUUUUAGACACCGGAAAUCUUGUCGUCGUAGAUAAUGUUACUGGAAAUUAUUUGUGGCAAAGUUUUGAGCAUCUUGGUGAUACAAUGCUACCUCUUACAUCUCUCAUGUACGAUAUUCCUAACAACAAGAAACGUGUGCUGACUUCUUGGAAGAGUGAGACCGAUCCAUCGCCUGGGGAGUUUGUAGCUGAGAUUACACCACAAGUACCCUCGCAAGGCCUUAUAAGGAAAGGCUCGUCACCUUAUUGGAGAAGCGGUCCAUGGGCGGGAACAAGGUUCACUGGGAUACCAGAAAUGGAUGCAUCGUAUGUGAAUCCAUUGGGAAUGGUCCAAGAUGAAGUCAACGGCACAGGAGUUUUCGCUUUUUGUGUUCUGAGAAAUUUCAAUUUGUCAUACAUCAAGCUAACGCCAGAAGGAUCAUUGAGGAUUACACGGAAUAAUGGAACCGACUGGAUCAAGCACUUUGAGGGUCCGCUAACCUCGUGUGAUCUAUAUGGUAGAUGUGGACCUUUUGGCUUGUGUGUGAGAUCCGGUACUCCAAUGUGCCAAUGCUUAAAAGGGUUCGAACCAAAAUCAGAUGAGGAGUGGAGAAGUGGGAAUUGGAGUCGUGGAUGUGUGAGACGCACAAACUUAUCUUGUCAAGGAAACUCUUCUGUAGAAACGCAGGGCAAGGACAGAGACGUAUUCUAUCAUGUAUCCAACAUAAAGCCUCCAGAUUCAUACGAAUUAGCAAGCUUUAGCAAUGAAGAACAAUGCCACCAAGGCUGUCUCAGGAACUGUUCUUGCACAGCCUUUUCCUAUGUCAGUGGAAUAGGAUGUUUGGUGUGGAACCAGGAGCUGUUGGACACAGUGAAAUUUAUUGGCGGAGGAGAGACUCUUUCCCUUCGUCUUGCACAUUCUGAAUUGACUGGAAGAAAGCGAAUCAAGAUUAUCACUGUUGCCACUCUCAGCCUUUCUGUUUGCUUGAUUUUGGUGCUUGUUGCAUGUGGGUGCUGGAGAUACAGAGUAAAACAAAAUGGUUCAAGUCUUGUAUCCAAAGACAAUGUAGAAGGCGCUUGGAAGAGUGAUUUACAAUCACAAGAUGUCUCAGGUUUAAAUUUCUUUGAGAUUCAUGACCUACAAACCGCCACGAAUAAUUUCAGCGUGUUAAAUAAACUCGGUCAGGGUGGAUUUGGUACGGUUUAUAAGGGGAAGCUUCAGGACGGAAAGGAAAUAGCUGUAAAACGUCUUACUAGCAGCUCUGUACAGGGCACAGAGGAGUUCAUGAACGAGAUAAAACUCAUCUCGAAAUUACAACACAGAAACUUGCUUCGGCUUUUGGGAUGCUGCAUCGAUGGAGAAGAGAAGCUAUUGGUCUAUGAAUAUAUGGUGAACAAAAGCCUUGAUAUCUUUAUAUUUGAUUUGAAGAAAAAGCUUGAGAUUGAUUGGGCUACGAGAUUCAAUAUCAUUCAAGGAAUCGCUCGUGGACUUCUCUAUCUCCAUCGUGACUCAUUCCUCAGAGUUGUACACCGCGAUCUGAAGGUCAGCAAUAUUCUCUUGGAUGAGAAAAUGAACCCAAAAAUAUCGGAUUUUGGAUUGGCUCGGCUGUUUCAUGGAAAUCAACAUCAAGACAGCACUGGUAGUGUUGUAGGCACUCUAGGAUACAUGUCUCCCGAGUAUGCUUGGACUGGUACGUUCUCUGAAAAAUCCGACAUUUACAGCUUCGGAGUUCUGAUGCUCGAAAUCAUCACUGGCAAGGAGAUUUCAAGUUUCAGCUAUGGCAAAGAUAACAAAAACCUUCUUUCAUAUGCAUGGGACUCGUGGAGCGAAAACGGGGGAGUGAAUCUACUGGACCAAGAUCUUGAUGAUUCUGAUUCAGUUAAUUCAGUUGAAGCAGGAAGAUGUGUUCAUAUUGGUCUGCUCUGUGUUCAGCAUCAAGCUAUUGAUAGACCAAACAUCAAACAAGUUAUGUCAAUGCUGACUUCAACAACGGAUCUUCCUAAGCCAACACAACCAAUGUUUGUAUUGGAGACAAGUGAUGAGGAUUCUUCUCUGUCUCACUCUCAACGCUCCAAUGAUCUCUCCUCUGUUGAUGAAAACAAAUCUUCUGAAGAGCUAAAUGCUUCCUCAUGAAUGUUCCAAUCGGAUUCGUUCACGUGGACUUGCGUUGUUUUGUACAAAUUGUCAGUUGUGGAAUAAAUCAGUGAUGUAAAUUGGCUUCAUAAUCUGUAAAUUUACAUUUACCCUUCUCUUAUAAACCUUUUUAAUAUUCUUAUAGGUAAUUUUUGGGCUACAAAUUACUUGGAUUUGGU